GAAGAGAAAGGAGAAGAAUCCUCAUCUAUUCAUUUCCCUCCACAGAUCUCUAGAUUCCCACUCUCAAACCCAGUUUUCCCUAUCUAGAACUUUCUUCUCUUUUAUCGAAGAUUCUUUGCUGCUGCUGCUGCUGCUGCUGCUGAUGACGAUGAUGAUUCUAGCAGCUUCGUGAAUCUUCUUCUUCUCCGUUGUGCUCUCUCGCUUCAUGGACCAAGGGAGGUUCUACGAUGCCUGAGCUGCGCACCCGCGCACGCAGAAAUCGGGCCCCUAACAACCCUAACCCGAACGCGAUUGUCGCCCAACCCGAUAACAACAAGUUCACUGCACGCAUUCGCCGGAGGAGAACCGCACAUAAUAGAAAACAGAAGGACCCGAUUGUUGCCGUUGAUGAAAAGGAGAUUAACGGCGGUAAUAAUAUCUUUGACAACGCUGCAAGAUUGGGAGCGAAACCGUUUAGGGGAAAGGAAGAAGAGGAGAACAAGGAGCUUAGGGUUUUGAAGGAGGAAUUUGCAGAGAAGAAAAUGGAUGAGUACGAUAGUGGCGGCCGUAGCGGGGAUAAGGGUCGCGGAGCUGAGGAUGAAGGAAGCACAGCCCCGCUUCCGGACAAGGUCCAGGUAGGUGGUUCCCCAGUGUACCGUAUAGAAAGGAAACUGGGGAAAGGAGGAUUUGGACAGGUAUAUGUUGGUCGAAGAAUUGGCCCUACAGGUUUAAAUGAUAGAACUGGUCCAGGAGCUUUAGAGGUAGCCUUAAAAUUUGAGCAUCGAAGCAGCAAAGGAUGUAAUUAUGGACCACCGUAUGAGUGGCAAGUUUACAAUGCUUUAGGUGGCAGUCAUGGUGUGCCUCGAGUUCAUUACAAGGGCCGACAAGGUGACUACUAUGUCAUGGUCAUGGAUAUGCUUGGACCUAGUUUAUGGGAUGUUUGGAAUAACAACUCACACACGAUGUCAAUUGAGAUGGUUGCAUGUAUUGCAAUUGAGGCAAUCUCAAUAUUAGAGAAGAUGCACUCCAAAGGGUCAUACUCUUAUCAUCAAUUUUGCCUCCUUUGGUUUUUUAGAGGGUGGCUUUCCCUGGACAGGCAGCUAGAUUUAUCCUUUUGCAGAUAUGUGCAUGGGGAUGUGAAACCUGAGAACUUUCUCCUUGGUCCUCCAGGAACCCCUGAUGAGAAAAAACUGUUUCUUGUUGACCUAGGAUUAGCAACCAAGUGGCGAGAUAAUUCAACUGGCCAACAUGUUGAGUAUGAUCAACGCCCUGAUGUUUUUAGGGGAACUGUGCGGUAUGCUAGUGUGCAUGCUCAUCUUGGUAGAACAGGUAGCAGGAGGGAUGAUUUGGAGUCUCUUGCUUACACACUCAUUUUCCUCCUCCGUGGACGGCUACCUUGGCAAGGAUAUCAGGGAGAAAAUAAAGGCUUCCUUGUUUGUAAGAAAAAGAUGGCCACUUCCCCAGAAACUCUCUGUUGCUUUUGCCCCACACCUUUCAGACACUUUGUUGAAUAUGUGGUGAAUUUGAAGUUUGAUGAGGAACCCAAUUAUGCAAAGUAUAUCUCCCUUUUUGAUGGGAUUGUUGGUCCAAAUCCAGAUAUUCGACCAAUAAACACAGAUGGAGCUCAGAAGCUUAUAUAUCAAGUAGGCCAUAAGAGGGGGCGUUUGACCAUGGAGGAGGAAGAAGAUGAACAACCAAAGAAAAAGGUUCGAAUGGGGAUGCCUGCAACACAGUGGAUUAGCGUGUACAAUGCUCGAAGGCCCAUGAAGCAAAGGUAUCAUUAUAAUGUGGCAGAUAUGAGGCUGUCCCAACAUAUUGACAAAGGAAAUGAAGAUGGAUUAUUUAUCAGCAGUGUGGCUUCUUGUUCAAACCUGUGGGCCCUAAUUAUGGAUGCUGGCACUGGUUUCACUUCCCAAGUUUAUGAACUUUCUCCACACUUUCUUCACAAGGAAUGGAUUAUGGAGCAGUGGGAAAAGAAUUACUACAUCAGUGCAAUAGCAGGAGCUAAUAAUGGGAGCUCAUUGGUUGUGAUGUCAAAGGGGACCCAGUACUUGCAGCAGUCUUAUAAAGUAAGUGAUUCAUUUCCCUUUAAGUGGAUCAACAAGAAAUGGAGGGAGGGUUUUUAUGUGACUGCCAUGGCCACUGCUGGAAAUAGAUGGGCGAUUGUUAUGUCACGUGGUGCUCCAUUUUCUGACCAGGUUGUGGAAUUAGAUUUUCUUUAUCCUAGUGAAGGUAUUCAUAGGAGGUGGGAUAGUGGCUAUCGAAUCACAUCAACUGCAGCAACAUGGGAUCAAGCUGCUUUUGUUCUCAGCAUUCCUAGAAGAAAGCCAGCAGAUGAAACUCAGGAGACUCUCAGAACUUCUGCUUUUCCUAGUACUCAUGUCAAGGAGAAGUGGGCGAAGAAUCUUUAUAUUGCAUCAGUUUGUUAUGGUCGAACUGUUUCAUGAACAGAUGAAGUUUUGUUUAUAUGCCACUCAUUUUAUUAGAUCACAUGCUCGUGCAACCACAGACAUCUUCACUGCUCCGUUUUCGGAACUUCACUCUUUAGUCAGAUUGACUGACUGCAGCAUUUGAGAGUUGAUGUAUGCAAAAUUCUACUUGUAGCACACAUUCAAGCACCUGUGCACUGCCAAUCAAAUUAUUGCAAAAUGCAAAUGAGCUAAUGUUUUAUGUCUAUGCUUAUCUUAUGUGGUUGCUCUUACCUGUUAUAAGGGUUUUUUGUAUAGUUUUGAACAAUAAUUACUUGGCUGGAGGCAUGUGCACGGGUUUUAUUUUGAUUGUUGGUGUUCAAGGAACUCACAAUUAUGGUUUGCAUUACACUCCAGAUGUUGAAUCAUUCACUCUUUACUGUUUCUUCCCUUACUUUCCAGACUAGAAGAUCCUUUUGAUCUUUAAUCCCUUAUUUUUUCAGAUGUCUGAAUUUGACAGAAACGAAUAUUGCUUAUUAUGUAUAUUGGUUAUGAUUAUUGUUUCUUGUGCUAUAAUUAUUCUUAUAUACUUGUCUCAUUAGAGCUAAUCCAAUGCAUGGAGUUGUUCAUCUAAAUGUCAUGCAGUUAGUUUGAAUAUUAUAAUUCAUGACCAUAGUAACCUCAACACCUUCCAAGCAAUUGACACCUUACCCCCAACUAAAGAGAAAAGAACCUA